AUGUCCGCAAAUAACAAUGAAAAAGACCCCAUAAAAGAUACCACUUGGUUUCUCAUCAAUUGUAUUAUGAGCACUCCGAGUCGCAAACUUGACAAGAUCAACUGGAACGAAUUCAGUGAGAAAAUGGGCUUCAAGAAUGAAUGCGCAUCCUAUAACAGAUACAAGCGUCUGCUGAACUCUUAUGGCUUGACACUGAACUACACAAAGAGGGACAAAGACUCGGACACGCCAGAAGCAAAUAAUCACGGGACUCCGAAAUUUAACCGCGCCUCAAAGAAGAGAAAGCGCCCAGCUGCCGAGCCUCAGAGAGAUACGGAGCCUGGUGACAUGUUCUAG